ACAAGCAGGGCCCACCAAAAUCCUCCCUAUCCUUUCGGGCUUUCCCCUCGCGACCUUCUCUUCCCGGCGUUGCUCCCUCCGACCUCCCCUCCUCUUCGCCCCAUCCUUCUAGAACCUUCCGGAACCCCCACCGGCGAGGAUGAACGCCCUCCUCGCGUCCCCGUGUACGGGGCCGCCUCUGCUCCGCCCCUUCCCGAGCCCCGCCACCCGUUUCCUCCCCGCCAAAACCCUAGCUCCCGGCUCGCUCCGCCUCCCCCGCGGCCUCCGCGCAUCCCCGCCGCCGCCGCGUGCCGCCGCGCAGGUGGCGGCAUCGGCCGUCGGAGGGCUCCUGGCCCCGCUCUCGGCGCUGGAGGUCGGGCUGCGGAGCAUCAACCUCGCGCCGCUGCGGCCGCCGAUCGCGGCGGCGAUGUCGGCGGCCGUGCGGUGGCUGGGCGUCUACAGAGAGGUGCUUCUGGUCGGGGUGCUCUUCUCCUGGUUCCCUAACAUCCCUUGGGACCGGCAGCCCUUCUCCGCGCUGCGCGACCUCUGCGACCCCUUCCUCGCCCUCUGCCGCGAGGUCAUGCCGCCCGUGUUUGGCCGCAAGCUCGACCUUAGCCCGCUCGUCGCAUUCAUGGCCAUCGACAUCCUCAUCAUGAUCCUUCGCCCACAGCCGCGCAUGUGAUGGAAUUGAAGGGUAGUGGUUGGUAUGUUAGGUUCUACUAUGUGCGCACAUGCUUCUUUUGGGUCGUUGCUGGAUUGGUUGGACAACCAGAGUUGCAAUGCGAAGAUAGCACUGUUUGAGUUAUUUUGAGUUGUUAUGUAGACAACUGUAGCUCCCUAGAUAAAGCUUCUGUCAUUAAUAGUACUGAAGGAUUGUACAAGUAGUAUAUGUGCUAGAUACAAUCUGCAAUUCUGCUCCGUUCCGGGACCAAAUUCAUCUACUAUAUCGUGGUACAAUCUGCACAUCUGUUCGGAGAUAUUCAGCUAACAGGUCCUGAACAAUUUGUCACGACUUCUAAGGAAUCCCAAACAAUACCAGGCACAGGCCCAUGCAUAUGCAAUUAUGCAUGCUCUCUGAUCUUUGUGCUUUAUUUUCAUUCUUCUUUACUUUUCAUCAUGAUGAGUAUUCCCAUCUUAUUUUCUGACUUGGCAAAUGUGUUUGCCUGCAAAUGCACUUGUUCUGUUCUGGUUUA